AUGGAGUCAUUGAAGAUUUUGUAUAUGGCAGUGGCAGUUUUCCUCCUUACUACCCAAGCACCCAGUAUCUCUGCAGCUGGUCUUCAAAAGAUAUCUGUUAAUGCUGAUGGAUGGUUUGUGGACCCCAAUGGGCGUGUGAUGCUUUUCCAUGGCAUUAACAUGGUGCAGAAAGGAUUUCCCUGGUAUCCAGCAACUCUACUAAACAAAACCAAACUAAGAGACUACAAAAAUUGGGGAUUCAAUGCAGUAAGAUUAGGUAUGAUGUGGAGUGGACUCGAACCACAAGAAGGUGUCUUCAACACGACAUAUGCAAAUAUUAUGUCUUCGAUUGUUGACACUUUGGAAAACUAUGGCAUGUACUCUCUGCUUGACAUGCAUCAAGAUGUCAUGUCUUCCAAAUUUCAGUCAUAUGAUGGGAUUCCAUUAUGGUUGGUAAAUAAACUUCCCAACCCCUCUCAAGAUGAAGCUUUUCCGUGGCCCUUUAAGAAUAUAGGCUCGUGGGAAGAUGGAUAUCUAGCUAAAGCCACUGGCAUGGCAUUUCAGGGAUUAUACAGUAACAGAAGUAAUGCAUUGGGCUACUUUUCACGAUUUUGGCAGACCACUGCUAAGAUAUUUAAGGGCAGGGGUGGUGUUCUUGGCUAUGAACUUAUCAAUGAACCUUGGGCAGGAGACAUAUGGAGCAAUCUGAGUUUACUAUUACCAGGCAAUGCAGGUAGUCGUAAUCUAAUGCCAAUGUACAAUGUGAUAAAUAAAGCCAUUCGUGCAGUGGAUGAUGACACAAUUAUAUUUUACGAGCCAGUAACUUGGGGUGUUAUCUACAAAAAUGAUUAUCAUCACUUUGGAACUGGAUUCAACAUGGUACCUGGAGGAAAUGACUACAAGAACCGCAGUGCUUUGUCAUAUCAUUAUUACUGUUGGUUUGAUAAACCUGCAGAUGAACCCUUUCCCUACCCUGAAUGGAAAAGAAUAGCCUGUGAUGACUUCUGGGGUCCUUUUGUAUUUCUUGCUGUCCGUGGUGAUAGAGAAAAAAUAGGAGGAGGUUCCUUCCUCACUGAGUUUGGUAUUUGUAGCACAGAUGGUAAUAACAAAACAGAGGGGACAGUAGAAUGUGAGUCCACUAUGCAGGGGGCAGAUGCUGCACUCCAGUCUUGGACAUACUGGGACUCUUCCUUUUAUUAUUCCAAUGGAAGUGUAAACUGGAAUCAAGUGAGGUCCUUUUCGCGUGUCUACCCAAGAGCCACUGCUGGCACUCCCAAGUAUUUAAACUUCAAUCUCACUUCUUUAAUAUUUACCUAUAGAUAUGUUCAUUUAGUUGCAAUACAGCAACCCACAGAAAUAUUUGUGCCCAAAUUUCACUACCCAAAAGGUUUCACUGUAGAAUUGAAGGGCCAGCUGAAGUGGACCUUUGAUAUAAAUGAAUGUGUGAUCUAUGUGACUCCAGUAGACAGCAAACUCAAGUAUAUUAAUGCUCAGGUGAUUAUAAAACCCAAAACUUAA